AUUACCACUAACCUAUAUUUUUAGAUAAUACUUUGUUUUUAAUUAUGUGCAAGUUUUUUACAUUUUAAAAGUGUGUUUGAGAAUGAUAUGCAAAUUUAACAAGGUAAACUGAUUUUAAAUAUUAUAAGACGAUCUUGUGAUAUAUUGAGAUUAAAAAUGACUUCACCUCCUCAUCCAAAUUGCAUAUUUUGCAAAAUUAUUGCGCGUACCUCUCCUGCUGAAAUAUUACUGGAAGAUGACGAUAUAAUUGUAUUCAAAGAUGUAAAACCAGCAUCUAGAUUUCACUACUUGGCCGUCCCCAAGUUGCACAUCGAAAAUGUUAACAAAAUAACUUUAAAUGAUAAAUUACUUGUUGAGAAGUUGUUAAGUGAGGGUAAAAGAGCCCUUCAAGAAAAUGGGGCCAAUGUAAAUGAUUUAUUGGCAGGAUUUCAUUGGCCACCGUUUAAUUCAGUCUCCCACAUGCAUUUGCAUUUAAUAUCCCCAGCUUCAGAAAUGAGUUUUCUGAGUAGAAUUGUUUUCAGGCCUAACACUUGGUGGUUUGGAACAGUAGACUAUGUCUUAAACGAUUUACUUCCAACAAAACUUUAAAUAAAUGGUAUAGGUAAACUGGUAAGUUAUGGCAGUAAUAUUAAAUAGAUAUAUCUGCUUUAGAUGCAUUUUUCAAAUACUUAAUGUCAUUUCUUGAAAAGAUAAAACUGCUCAUUUAUAUUGAUAUUAACCCAACAAUGAGAUAGGUAUAUCUGCUUCAGCAAAUAAUUAGUUUUUGCCAGGUGAAGUUGUUAAAUAUUUACACAACUAUGUAAUUGUUAGAAAGGGGUCAAUUAGAAUAAAUGUUUUUGAUAGUUACAAUUUCAAUAUUUAUUUGG